AUGCCUUCCUUCACCAAGACCAUCCUCCUCGCCCUCGCGCCCUUUGCCGCCGCAAGCCCCCUGGCGGCCCGACAGAGCGGCUUCUCUGGCUCUACCCAGAACGGCCUCGAGGGCGCCUGCAAGGACGUAACCGUCAUCUUUGCCCGUGGCACCUCGGAGAUGGGCAACGUCGGCAGCGUCGCCGGACCUCCCUUCUUCCAGGCCCUCGCCAAGGAGAUUGGCAGCGACAAGCUCGCCGUGCAGGGCGUCGAGUACCCCGCCAGCAUCGGGGGCAUCAUGAAUCUUGGUUCCGACGGCGGCAAGAAGAUGGUGGCGGUUGUUGAGCAGGCUUACAAGAAGUGCCCCAACACCAAGGUCGUUCUCUCGGGCUACUCCCAGGGAGCCAUGCUCGUCCACAACGCGGCCAAGUCCCUCCCCGCUGCGACAACCAGCAAGAUUGCCGCCGUCGUCACCUUUGGCGACCCCUUCAAGUCCCAGGGCUUCCAGGGCAUUGCCGAGGAGCGCUGCAAGGUCUUUUGCCGCUCUGGCGACAGCGUCUGCUCCGGUUCUUUCGUCAUUACUGCUGCUCACUUGCAGUACGGCCAGGAUGCUCAGGCUGCUGCCGACUUUGUUGCCGGUAACCUCUAA